AUGGAUCCUGAGCAAGAGAGGGAAAUUAUGAACGGAUUAGCAGAGCUCGAGGAGGAUUUAUGUCCGGAUGCUGAAGGGUCGAAGAGAAUCUUCCAGCCGCCGAUCGCACCCCAGCCCCCCUUCAUGCCCCCCACGCGGGCGUCACCUCCGGGCUCCCCAGGACCGUCGACCCCGAACCCUGACCACCUCUCCUUCUUCAGGGAGGUAGGGGAUCAUCUAAGUCAACUUCCUCCAGGCACUCCUCCACCUCUAUCCAGACCGACAAGUCCCAGACACUUCCAACCGCCCCCACCUCCAGGGUCACCCACCCCGGACCCCUUUUUAAGAACCAAGCAGCUGGAGCAGUGGCUCCGGGAAGUAUGCCCACAAGAUAAUUCUCCAAAGAGGACCAACGCGGGAUUGUCACCCUCUCGGCUGUCACCCCCUCGGCCGUCAUUGUCACCCCCUCGGCCGUCAUCGUCAUCCCCCCGGCCGUCAUCGUCACCGAGGGCACAGGGAAACGGAGCGAGAUGGUCACCAAUAAGGCCACCGCCGCCGCCUGCCUCCGUCGAAACCCCGAUUAUAUAUAGUGGCAAAAGGAUAGACCAGAUUAUUGCAGAGGAUGGAAGCAUAAAUAGAUUUGGUCGGAGUUAA